CCAUCCUCACACGUGCCGGGCGGCUGGGAGCUGCAGCGCAGUGCUUCGGCCCUGGCAGUUCAUCUCACGUCUCUUCUUUUUAGGACAAAGACCCAAAGCUUUUGCCGCAAUGAGUAUAACCUGACUGGCCUCUGCAACCGUUCCUCCUGCCCCCUGGCAAACAGCCAGUAUGCGACCAUCAGGGAGGAGAAAGGUCGGUGCUACCUGUACAUGAAGACAAUAGAGCGGGCAGCCUUUCCCAGGCGACUUUGGGAGCGGGUCCUGCUGAGCAGGAACUAUGAGAAAGCACUGGAAGAAAUCGAUGAGAAUCUCAUCUACUGGCCACGGUUCCUCCGGCAUAAAUGCAAGCAGCGAUUUACUAAGAUCACACAGUACCUUAUCCGCAUCCGGAAGCUGACGCUCAAGCGACAGAGGAAGCUUGUUCCUUUAAGCAAAAAGGUUGAAAGGCGAGAGAAGAGAAGAGAGGAGAAAGCCCUGAUUGCUGCUCAGCUAGAUAACGCCAUCGAGAAGGAAUUACUGGAGAGACUGAAACAGGAUACAUACGGAGACAUUUACAACUUCCCCAUUCAUGCUUUUGACAAAGCUCUGCAACAGCAGGAUGCAGAGAGCGAGAGUGACUCCGAUGUGGAGAAGGAAGAAGAGGAAGACGAGGACGCAGAUAAGAGAGAGUUUGUGGAAGCAGAAGACAGUGACCUCAGUGAUUUUGAGGACAUGGAUAAGUUGGAGACAAGUAGUGAGGAAGAGCAGGAAGACAAGUCCUUCAGUGAGGAAGAGGAGGAAGAAAGAGAGAAGAAAGUCCCUCACUCCAAAUCCAAGGGGAAAACUCCCCUGAAAGGACCGGUCAGGAGAAAACGACCCUACAUUGAAAUAGAGUAUGAAGAAGAAACAGAGCCAGCCACUAAAACAAAAACAACCUGACUCCUUCCUGGACUUGCAUUUUGUACUGACUGACAGGACUCCAGAUCUGUCACUAAAACUCCUCCGGUUUCCACCCAUCUGAGCAGGACCCUCAAAAAAUCCCACCCCCUGAGCAUUCUAGGUAAUAACUUUCUUUCUCCAAGAAGGAUUUCUGUCCCACCCCAAGGGACUGCAGUGAGUUUGUGCAGUUCCUGCAUUAAGUGCUGUUUAGUGAAGACUACCCACUUUCUUUGCAGCUACACUAGGCUGAGCUCGGACUGCUCCAGGAAAGAACCUGGACUGGGGACACCACUGCUUUGUUCUAAAGCUAGAAACACCUGGAUGUGGCAAGGAAAACACAACUGUACCUUGUCUGGGGAGGUAUGGGGCUAACAGAGAGGGAAGGACAAAGACAGUAACUUUAAA